CCGCUCAGCUGCAGGGGAGCAGGCAGGAGAGGAGGACUCAGCGUCUGUGGCUGGGUGGAAAGUUUACUAAACAAAACAAAAAAAACCCACGGUGUGGAGAGAGAGGGGGAGGCCGGGCAGACACAGGACCGCCAGAGUCGCCAUCUGGACCCGGCGGGGGCAUAGCUACAGCGCCGGAGUGGCUGUCCUCUCCACCCCCCCCUUCGGAACCGCCCCCCCACUCCUCACGGGGUACGGGAAGCAUGCCCGAAAACAAGCCGUCCCCCUGCAGGACCAACGGGGGCCACCUCUCACACUCCGCCUACUGGAAGAUCAAGAGGGUCCUGAGCUUCAGGAGACGUGUGUUCGGGCAGCGGCUGGAGGAGACCGUGUCUCACGAGCGACGGUAUGGCGAGCGUCUGGCGCCCCUGGUGGUGGAGCAGUGCGUUGCGUUCAUCCGCAAUCGCGGCCUGCUGGAGGUGGGGCUGUUCCGCCAGCCCGGCCAGGCCACGCUGGUCAAGGAGCUGCAGGUGGCGUUCGACUCCGGAGAGAAGCCCGCCUUCGACAGUAGUACAGAUGUUCACACAGUGGCAUCCCUGUUGAAGCUCUACCUGAGGGAGUUACCUGAGCCUGUUAUCCCAUUCUCCCACUACCAGGACUUCCUGAUGUGUGGGAAGGGAGCCCCCGGUGGCAGGAAGCAGGCCUUGGAUUUGAAGAAACUUCUGCACAAGCUGCCCGUGGCAAACUUCAAUCUUCUGCACUACAUCUGCAGGUUCUUAGACGAGGUCCAGUCCUACUCUCACAUCAACAGAAUGAGCGCACAGAACCUGGCCACUGUGUUUGGACCCAACAUCCUGCGCCCGAAAGCUGAGGACCCAGAAACCAUCAUCGAGGGAGCCGGUCUGGUGCAGCAGCUGAUGUCAGAGUUGAUCAGAGAGAGCGGCAGCUUGUUUCUCAGAGACUGCAGUGCCGCUCUGGGCUCGAACCCGCCUUCUCGCCAAGGACAGAGCGCUGACAUCACCGCAGAAACGCUCCCGCAGACCGCCGUCGCCCCGGAGACCACCGCCGUCCCGCCGCACGGAGGGGAACUGCUCCGCCCUCGCCCUCGCGCCCCCCGGCCCCCUCCACCGGCCCCCGCGCUUCGGAGCCCCCCCCAGGACCCGCGGCCCCCCCCAUGCAGGGAGGAGAUGGACCUCCGGCCCCCGCCCCGCCAGAGUCCCUCCCCGAGGAGGGUGAGCGACCCCCUUUACGACAACUGCCCCUGCCCCGUGGGACAGCGGUGCUCCGGGGAGCCCCGGGCUCCUCCUUCCGCCACCCCCCCUCCUCUCCCGGGCGCCCCCGCCUCCGUUCCCACGCUCCUGGACAGCUGGGACGUCCCGUGCUGGGGUGGGGAGGCCGGGGGGCGCGGCAGCGUCAGCAGCAGCAGCGGCGGCUCCUCGCGGGAGGAGACCGGCGGGAGGAACGCGCACGAGAGCACCCUCUCCGUCUACGACAAUCUGGACCCCGCCGCGCCCGCCGGACCCCAGGACCCCCCCGCUGCCCGGCCUGAGGCCCAGCCCCCCCCGGCCCCGCCCGAGGACAGCGGGGACAGCAGCUCCUGGUCGUCCUGCGAGAUCGUCCUGGAGGAGGCGAAACACGGCCCUGGCCCCGGGCCCGGGUUCGGCCUGUUCCCCUUCAGAGCGGAGCCGCCGGACCUCCUGUCGCUGGCGGCCCCGGACCUGGACCCCCCCGCCUCCCCGUCCACCAUGCGCUACCUGGUGGUGGGGCUCAAGCAGCAGAUGGCCCAGCAGAAGGAGGAGUACGAGACGCAGAUCAGAAGCCUGGAGAAGCGCAACGAGGCUCUGCAGGGGGAGGUGUCCAGCCUGCGCGCGAACCUGGAUCAGCACCGCCGCUGGUACAAGGUGGCCGAAAUCAAGAUGCGCAACGCCGAGCGCGCGCGGGCCGACGCCGACCGCCGCAACGCCGCCCUGCAGCAGGAGAUGGAGCAGUUCUUCGACACCUUCGGCGAGCUCAACAACGAGGCCAAGAAAACCGAACGCAUCGUGCAGGGUUUCUGAGAUCACGCGCCGCCGCGCUUAGACUAGUCUGCUGCUCUCGCGCGCAGCGGACGUCGAAAAUGUCGGCGGAUAACCGGCUGACGGUUCGUCCUCCGAAGCCAACGCACUAAAUUGAUAAUCGCCACAGACUAUACGCAAGCUUGGUGGACAUAAAAGGAGGGGAAGUUCGACUCUUCUCCGCAACCGAUUGUCCAUUUAAAAGUUCUCAGGUUCUUAAAUUAUUCCUCAGACUUAUGAGGGAUUUAUGAUUAUCUGACCAGGAUUGGCGGCUCAUCAGGGAUAAAACCACUAAAGCUGUUAAUCCGCCCUUGGCUGCGACUCCCCACAACAAAAUCCCUCAGGAUCUCGCUAAGCCGGACCUCUCCGUUACCUUUCACUUCUGCGGACCGAUUUCUAUUUUCGAAUUUUGUUUUAACACGCAUUUGUUAUUAGCACACAGUUAUGUUUAUACACACAUAGCGCAGCAUAUGCAUUAACACAAAGCACCAGUCUAUUUUGACAUCUCUUUGUAUGAGCCUCUGGAUUCACAGUUUAAACCUGCAUCCAACUGACAACUAAGAACAAGAGCAGGUGCUUUUGAAGAGCUUGGAAUUCUUUGGUGGAAACAGGACACCCUUACUGACUGCUUUGCGCCACCUAGUGGCCAAUAAUUAAUUUAUUAAUGAUUCAAUGUAUUCAUUCAGUGAGAAUGGGGUGGGGUGUUUACCCCUGUACCCCCACUCUCUGGGGUAUAUGAGGGGUAUUUACCCCUGUACCCAUUCUGUCCUUCCACAGGGCAGAAGGUGACCGGACGACCCAGUCUACUUCGAGCCCUCUGUCUAAGCAUUUGACUGAUCUGGGAUCAGCUCAGGAGAACACACCUCUCCCUACACACCGCACGCCAGGUGCACACACAAUCAGAGAUAUAAGCUAAAUACAAAUAUAUACUUAACACCGCGGGAACACAGAAACUGUAAUGCAAUAAAAUAACUAAUAAAACUAAAUAAUCAA